AUGGCGGGAAGGGAAGUCCGAGAAUACACCAACCUCACCGAUCCCAAAGAUAAGAAAUGGGGCAAGGGGAAGGAUAAAAUCGACGAUGAAGAUGUCACCUUUCAGCGCAUGGUUGCUAAGAUGCAAGAAGUUGCUGGAGAACGCGGAGGCUAUCUUCAUGGGAGAGGCGCAUUGGACAGUGAUGACCUACUUUAUCUCAAGGAGCAGAUGGAAGCUGAAGAGGAUGCUGAACGGCUCCUCAGGCGUACGGAAAAGAGAGCAUUUGCUGCUUUUAAAAUAUCCUUUUGUUCUGCAACCUUGGCGGAUACUACGCCAGCCACAGUUCCAUUACCACUUCGCGUGGAGCCCAAACCAAAGAGCGGCAUAAGGCAGCAGGAUCUACUGAAAAAAGUGGUGGAAGUUAAACCCAAGCGUCCUCGAGUUUCAAGCAAUCAUGGUUCAGAAAAUUCGAAGCACGAGAACUGUCGGGAGAACAAAGAAGAAGAGUCUGAUUUAUCAACAUCAACCAAACCAGAGUGCGAGAAUAAGCCGACUAAAGUUGAAGCAGAGGGGGAUUCUAUCAAAAGCUUACUAGGGUUAGCAUAUGAAAGUUCUGAUGAUGAAGAGGACUGA